AUUUUCAUUCACCAUUCGCCUCGCGCAAAACAUAUCGAAACUCCAGUACAAAAACGAAAAACAUUCUAUCAAAAUGUUGAACACAGCAAAUCUCCUGUGUAUUGCUCGUGGUAUAUACCACAACGAGUUCCAGUGGACCCUGAGCAAGAGCUAUGCCUUCUUCUUUACGGGUGUGCUUUUGGCCAAGAAGCUGGUGGGCCUAGAACUGAUGCCCGCCGUGGGACCAGCCUAGAUGAACAGCAAAAGCAAGAAUGUGUGGGCCUUUCUGCAAAUUUUACAGUUAAAAGUUACGUAUUUUAAUACCGAAUAAAGGCACUAAAGAAAAAA